UGAAACGUUGAUCCACUUUCUAGGGCUGACCUCUCUCUCUCUUCUAAAAUCCAAAGUUUGAGACCCUCGCCGUUUCUCUCUCUCUCUCUCCCCUCUCCCAUCUCCCCUCUCCCCUCUCCCCUCUGCGUCAUCGUUUUCUUCGUUUUCCUCAGUGACGCGAAUCAUCAUCUGCAAGUGUGGCAGUGGCCGGGUGGGUUUAGAUAGAUCUGGAGGGAGGGGAUUUGAAUGGCUUACAUGUGCACUACUGAUAGUGGCAAUCUUAUGGCUAUCGCUCAACAAGUCAUCAAACAGAAGCAGCAACAAGAGCAACAACAACAGCAACAUCAUCAUCAUCAAGACCAUCAGCUUUUUGGUAUCAACCCUUUGUCUCUUAACCCAUGGCCCAACAACACUUCCCUCGGUUUUGGUCUCUCCGGUUCUGCUUUUCCCGACCCUUUUCAAGUUACCGCCGGCGGAGAUUCCAACGAUCCUGCCUUUCCGUUUCCUUCUUUAGACCACCACCACGCUACUACCACCGGAGGUGGGUUUAGACUCUCUGAUUUCGGCGGUGGAUCCGACGGCGCCGAGUUUGAGUCCGACGAGUGGAUGGAGACUCUUAUUACCGGUGGAGACUCCGUCGCGGCUACUGCUACGGAUUACGCAAUCUACGGUCCUGAUCCAUUCGCUACCUACCCGAGUCGACUCAGUUCAGAUCUAAACAACCGAGUCAUCGAUACGUCGAGUCCACUUCCUCCGCCGACCCUGUGGCCUCCUUCUUCGCCAUUAUCGAUUCCUCCUCAUGAGACAACAACAACAACAACAACAGCCACAGAAGAUCUAGAGACUAACGACUCCGACUUCGACCUGGAACCACCUCUCCUCAAAGCCAUCUACGACUGUGCUCGGAUCUCAGACUCUGACCCGAACGAAGCUUCAAAGUCCCUCGUUCAGAUCCGUGAAUCUGUAUCGGAGCUAGGUGAUCCCACUGAGCGAGUUGGCUUUUACUUCGCGGAGGCUCUCUCCAACAGACUAUCUCCUGAUUAUUCGACGACGACGUCUUCGUCGGAGGAGGAGGAUUUAAUCAUAUCUUACAAAACCCUAAACGACGCUUGUCCUUACUCCAAAUUCGCACAUUUGACGGCAAAUCAAGCGAUUCUAGAAGCGACGGAGGAUUCAAACAAGAUUCACAUCGUCGAUUUUGGGAUCGUGCAAGGUAUCCAAUGGCCUGCUCUUCUUCAAGCUCUAGCCACUCGUUCUUCUGGUAAGCCCACUCAAAUCCGGGUCUCCGGUAUACCCGCUCCAUCCCUCGGUGAAUCUCCUGAACCGUCGCUAAUCGCCACCGGGAACCGCCUCCGUGAUUUCGCCAAGGUUCUGGAUCUGAAUUUCGAGUUCGUCCCAAUUCUCGCUCCCAUACAUUUACUAAACGGGUCAAGUUUCCGGGUCGACCCGGAUGAGGCUCUUGCCGUUAAUUUCAUGCUUCAGCUCUACAAAUUACUCGAGGAGACGCCGACGAUCGUUGACACCGCGCUGCGGCUCGCCAAAUCGUUGAACCCGAGGGUCGUCACUCUCGGUGAGUACGAGGUGAGCUUAAACCGGGUCGGUUUUGCUAACCGGGUUAAAAACGCGAUUCAAUUCUAUUCAGCGGUUUUCGAAUCCCUCGAACCGAACCUGGGGCGUCAUUCGGAAGAGAGAGUGAGAGUGGAGCGAGUACUGUUCGGACGGAGAAUCUCGGGUUUGAUCGGACCGGAGAAAACCGGAAUUCAUAGAGAAAGAAUGGAGGAGAAAGAGCAAUGGCGGGUAUUAAUGGAGAAUGCCGGUUUUGAAUCGGUUAAGCUGAGUAAUUACGCAGUGAGCCAAGCCAAGAUU